AUCAUCACUGGUUAAUAAAUUCACCUCACUCAACAGCCGCUAACCCUUCUAGAGAAUCAGCCAUAACCAUGGCAAUCUAAGGAAGAGGAGCUCUACAGAGAGUGAGUGUGUAGCAAAAGAGUCAUUUCCUCAACAAUGCCCCAUAGAAGCUGCAUUUUGCUACUGUGUAUUGUUGGUUCCAUGUUAGCACUUGAAGGAGCUGCAAUGCUGAACCUAACUCUACCAGGACAACACCCUGACCCUGAAGCUGUUGCUAAUGAAGUCCACAGGAAGGUGAAUGGUUCAAUGGCAAGAAGGGAAAUGCUGUCGACAGUGUCUUCUUGCCUAACUGGUAACCCCAUAGACGAUUGCUGGAAAUGUGACCCAGAUUGGCCCAACAACCGGCAGAGGCUGGCAGACUGCGCCAUUGGGUUUGGGCAACACGCUAAGGGCGGAAAGGAUGGGGAGUUCUACAUUGUCACAGAUUCCUCAGAUGAUGAUGCAGUAAACCCUAAGCCAGGAACACUCAGAUAUGCUGUCAUACAGAAUGAGCCGCUGUGGAUCGUGUUCCCAAGUAACAUGAAGAUUAAGCUCUCUCAAGAACUCAUCUUCAACAGUUACAAGACCCUUGAUGGCCGUGGUGCUGAUGUCCACAUUGUUGGUGGUGGAUGCAUUACUCUCCAGUAUAUAAGUAAUGUUAUCAUACACAACAUUCAUAUCCACCAUUGUCAUCCUUCAGGGAACACAAAUGUGCGUUCCAGCCCUGACCACUAUGGCUACCGGACGCUGUCUGACGGGGAUGGAAUCUCCAUCUUUGGGUCCAAAGACAUAUGGAUAGACCACUGCACGCUGUCACGGUGCAAGGACGGGCUCAUCGACGCAGUCAUGGGCUCCACUGGAAUCACAAUCUCCAACAACUACUUCUCCCACCACAAUGAAGUCAUGCUCUUAGGCCACAGUGAUGACUACCUGCCAGACUCAGGCAUGCAGGUGACCAUUGCCUUCAACCAUUUCGGUCCCAUGCUCGUCCAGCGCAUGCCACGUUGCCGCCGGGGCUACAUCCAUGUGGUCAACAACGAUUUCACGCGGUGGCAGAUGUAUGCCAUUGGAGGCAGUGGGGAGCCCACCAUUAACAGCCAGGGGAACCGCUACACGGCACCCCUGAACCCGUUUGCAAAGGAGGUGACCAAGAGGGUUGACACUGCGGAGGGGAAAUGGAAGGGCUGGAAUUGGAGGUCGGAGGGGGAUAUCAUGGUGAAUGGCGCGUUUUUUGUGGCCUCUGGGGAAGGAGUUGAGGUUAAGUAUGAGAAGGCUUAUAGUGUUGAGCCAAAGUCUGCUGAUAGGAUUUCUCAGCUUACCAUGUCCGCCGGCGUUCUCGGCGUUGCCAAGGACAACAGUGUGGGAAUGUGGAGCAAAGGACCUAACAGCCAGGGCCAGGGCGACGGAGUCACAUGGUUGGUGCCGGAAUACACAGAGGACUAUUCGCAGGGCUCAAGGGUGGUGCUGCCAUCUUCCUCUACUUUCACCCUUGUGUGGUCUUUCCUGCUCUUGUUCAUACUGUCUUGUAACAAGAUACCGUCAACAGUUAUUCUAUAACGAUUCAUGUAAUCUGACUCCCUCCAUUUUCUCUUCAUUGGAAUGAAAUGUGGCUGCUCCUGUUAAGUCAAAAGGAUCAGACACCAUUAAGGCUGUA